UCCCCACAUUCAUUGACCAACUAUUGGUGGAAGACAUCCAUUUUUUAUAUCUCAAUUAUUGCUACAUCCCUCUAGCUCUAAACAGAUUCAAUUCUGGGUAUCUCUUCUACAUUUUUUUUCUGAAAGAAGCAUGGAUCCACCAUCUCACAAAAAGCACCACCAACCAUCUUCUUCUGAGCUGCUCUCUAGCGCAAAAUUGGUAGCUGAGGCGGCAAAAAGUUCGCUCAAUCAUGAAUCUCACAAGAUAGACAAGGGCAGAGUUGCUGGUGCUGCUGCCGAUCUUCUUGAUGCGGCGUCUCACUAUGGCAAACUGGAAGAGAAGAGCUUUGGUAAGUAUGUAGAAAAGGCUGAGGGUUAUCUUCAUCAGUACCACUCUUCCCAUUCCACCACUACCACCACCACCACCGCUCCGAAUCCCGCCCAUCAUACAUCCUCUGCUACCCCACACUCAUCGAUUGCUUCUAGUGAUGACGGUGGGGAAUCCGGAAGUGGGUUCGGAGACUACUUCAAGAUGGCUGAAGGUUUCUUGAAGAAGCAUUAAAAUUAAUCAAGUAGCUAGGGGUGACUCGUUUGGCGAUUUGUGAAAUAGAUUUGUGGCUUUUCUUAAUUUCUUGUUUUUAUGUCUUUAUAAAAUCUGUAGCAUGCUGUUAUUGAACAACUGGUUUCUGAUUAGUAGAAUUAUUGAAGUAAAAGGUUGGAUUGAAAUUGGAAAUAAAGUUGUUAGUUUAUCAUUCAUGGA